AACCAGAAUGCAGUAAUGUGCUAGCUGGACCACCUCAGAAAUGUGUGACUUGUGGAGAAGAGUUUCCUUUUUCACAAAUCAAAGCACAUAGUGAUGAAUGUAUAAGAUUACAGAGCACUUCUGAGGUACAAAUGGAGGUACCCCCAGAAAGUUCCAGCGCCCCUCAAAGUGAAGACAGAUGUGUGAGCAUGUUGACCCCACAGGAGAGUCAGACAGCAAGGGCCAGUCGCACAGCCGUCACGGUGGCACAUCAGGGAAAUAUGCCAGCCCCAGGGACAUCACAGGGACGUGUGUCUACUCCUCCUGUGAUCAUUAAUCUAGAUCCCACUGUGGAUAACUGUGACUGGAAAAUGGAGCCAGAUCCCACGGAGGCAGUAAAGGGAUUCAGAUAUCAGAUUUUAAAUGAGCAUGCUACUAGGAAACCACUAAAUCUCGUAAUGGAUCUUGGAGACAGUUCCGAGGAUAGGGAAAGGGCAAUCAUUUCUUUUUAUAAAAUGGCUCAUGUUGAAUGGGCUUCCCCUUUGACAUGCACACUGAAAGGAGAUCCAGCAAUUGGUGAUGGUGUGACUCGCCAUUUCUUUAGUACCAUCAUGUCCAAACUUCAGAUGGGUUUUGAUAUUUGUUUGGUGCCAGGAGGAACUGUUCUUUUUGAGGGACAGCAAGACCACUUGAUUCCGUCUACUUCACCGUAUCUUUUGGAGAGUGACUUCUUUGUUGUUGCUGGCCGGAUGAUCGGUCAUUCUUUUAUACAUGGUGGGCCAACCCUGGCUGGACUGAGCCCAGCAAUCAUUCAUGUACUCUUUGGUGGAGCACCAGAAGAAGCCAUAAUAGAUAUAAAGGAUUGUGUUGACCUUGAUGUUCGUGACACAAUCAAGUUGUUGGAUGGUACAGUGGAAUUAUCACUUGAUGAAAAGAACGCCAUCAAUGAGCUUGCAGUCUCCUGGGAUUUGCCACAUGUUACAGCAGAGAACAGAAGAUGGCUCCUUGAAAAACUGCUUUUGCACGCUGUUCUUACAAGAACCUCAAGACAACUGAAACAAUUAAGACGGGGGUUAAAGGAGACACUGAUCUGGCCUUUACUAACGGAAAGAAAAGAAACAAUUCCUCUUCUGUUUCCAAGGGCAUCUGAAAUGAAGUACUCACCACAGACGGUCCUGGACAAGAUUAACUGGCCUGUACAGGACGAAGACAGUGAUGUAUCUUUGGAAGAUACAUGUAGGAUCACUGGAUUCUUGCGUACAUUUAUUGAAAAUGGUAAGUUUAAUAUGUGCUUUAUUUGUUCCUUACAUGCUAUUUAAUUAAAUUUCAUAUAC